UGCGGGGCAAGGGUAGUGGUAGGAUUCCAUAGGAAUAAUGCUUUUUUUAGAAAAAAAAUAUUUUACUAAUUUUUAAACCUAUUAAAUUUAGGUGUGGGGCUUUGAAAUAAUUAUGUAUUAUAACCAGCACUGUAGCGGCAAAUUCACAACCGGGAUGCAACGACCACUGGAGGGCCACACGUUCCUCCAACCCUGAUCGAUCCAGAGGUUUUGUGUUACCUCUGACACAGACAGGAGUGGGUCAGUUUGAAGGGGAAGGGGGAAAAGGGAACAAAGGGCAUCAAAGAGAGCCCAGCUGGUUCACCCCAGAGAUAUAUUCAGAGGUAUACUGCCUCUGAAGCUGGAGGUUCCAUUCGGCCGUCGUGAUUAACGGACAAGUCAUAAGCUUCUCCUCCUCCAUAAACUUGUUCCAGCCUCUGAAGAACAUACCAAACGCUUCCAGAUCCCAGGGCCCCUCAAAUAAAAAUGGCCAUCGGCUACCUGAGCUCUUUGUUUUAGUGCUGUUCAAUAAAGGGGUUAAGUUCAUGGAGUCUUUAUUUCCUAGAGAAACUGAGAUGCUUUGGGAACAGAGGGAUGCGAAUAGUGUAACUCACUUCCUGCCCCGCCUGCUACGGGAAUGCAGAGGUUUAAAUUUCCCAGGCGCUGUAGCAGGAGCCGGAGUGAUUUCUCCCGCCCCUGUAUUUUUAGGGGAAAAUCAGGAUAUACAUGUCCAAAUCUUCCUGCUGAUCUUCCAAGGACUUGGUUUCCAGGCUACUCCCCAUCUUGGUCGCUCUCCUCUGUGUAUCCUCCAGCUCCUCAGUGUCCACCUUAAAACCUGGUGCCCAGAAUUGGACACAGGAAUCCAUACAGGGCCAGCCUUGCUGUUAGGCAGAGCGAGGCAGCUGCCUCAGGCAGCCGAUCUUGAGAAUCGGAGACCCGGAAACUGCUGUGUGAGCCGCACAACCUGCCCUGCUCUCCAGCCUUGAGUGUGGUGAACUCUGUCCUGUUGCCAGAAAAUCUUUCCUCACGCGGUGGACAGUUAAAUGAUGGCAUUCGCUAGGGUGGCAGUGAAGGCCACCAACUUGGAUGGCUUUAAAAGAAGAUUAGAUAAAUUCAUGGAGGAGAAGGCUAUCGAUGGCUACUAGCCACAAUGGCUAUGUUCCACCUCCACUAUUGGAGGCAGUAAAUGCCUCUGAAUACCAGUGGGGAGAGCGCUGUUACGCUCAGGUCCUGUGUACAGGUGUCCCAAAGGCAUCUGAUUGACCAAGCAAAAAGCACCUCCGUCUGCUAUUCAUCAGGAAGAUUAAAUUUCCCCACCUUAACCACCCGCAUGCCUGCAUAUCCUGUGGCCUGGUGAGGUAAAAAAAACCCAGGCUGGACUUCUGGGAGCAACUGGGCACUUGGUUCAGGCUGACCUCUGCCGGGGGGGGGGGGAAAUGGCUGCUGAACAACGAGAUGGACUGGCUCUUAGUCUACAGCUAGAGGCUGAGCCUCAACAGGGAGUGAAAACAGAACAACCGGACUUAGAGGCCCUUGACCCAGGGACAGGCCCUCGCGUCAUGCAGGCCAGGAAUACUGGGGGAUUCUGGGAGAGAAACAUGCCAGGCCACGUUAAGUGGGAGUCGCAGAAGGGGCCGCAGCAGCCGUGGGAGGCCCAGCUUCAGGAGUUCCUCAAAGCGAUGGAGUCCUCCCACUCGGACGGGAGAAAUCCGCACCAGCGGACGUCGGCGUUACGGGACGAGGCCCAAGCCGUCCUGCCUCCUCCUGAGGGAACGGCCAACACCAGGCCGCAUCUGAGGAGAGAGAUGGUGAGCCCUCCCCUGCCAGGCCCCAGCAGAGAAACCCAACAGGCAGCCAAAGAGAAGGAGGAGCGUGGGAAAGUGAAGGAAGAGAUUCUGGAAGUGGAGGAGGAAGAAGAGGAGGAAGCUGCUGACUCUGACACACAGCGCCAGCGCUUCCGGCGGUUUGGCUACCAGGAGGCCGAGGGCCCUCGAAAGACUUGUGGCCACCUCUGGGAGCUCUGUCGGCAGUGGCUGAAGCCGGAAAGGCACACCAAGGAGCAGAUCCUGGAGCUGGUGAUCCUGGAGCAAUUCCUGGCUGUCCUGCCCCUGGAGAUGCAAUGCUGGGUCAGGAAAGGUGGUCCAGAGAGCUGCUUGCAAGCAGUGGCCUUGGCCGAAGAGUUCCUGCUGAGCCAACGAGCUGAGGCGAAGCCAGCUGAGCAGGUACCAGGGAUGUUCCAGGAGGGGAAUGCCAAGAUCCCUGAAGUGGAGGGGGCUCCCUCAGGCGGCUGGCAGAGGCCGGUCUUCAAACAGAUCAAACAGGAGGGCGACUGCGAUGUGACCUUGCAGGGAGAUGGGAAGGAGCAGAACAAACAGGAAAACUCCAGGAAACUGGAACUGCAUUGGAUAUUGUUAGGAAGAGGCGGGCAGAAUGUCUCCAGCUGGCCCAAUCAGGGCGAAGUUUCUGCUGGCCAGGAGGAAGCAUACCCCAAGAAGGAAGGGGACAAGUUUAUUAAUUCCCAGGGAAGGUAUGUGGAAUUUGAUGGAAAUGUGGUCCAGCUUACUAUCCCAACAGGUGAGACGCAAAAGCUGGGGCAUGAGAGGGAGAAGUCGUGCGUUCACUGUGGGAAAGACUUUCAGCUCAAGUGUAACCUUCAGGCUCACGAGAGGACCCACACGGGCGAGAAGCCAUACAAGUGCUCUGUCUGCGGGAAGGGCUUCAGUACGAGGGCCUACCUCAUCACCCACGAGAGGAUCCACACAGGGGAGAAACCUUACCAGUGCUCAGAUUGCGGGAAAAGCUUCUGCGACAACUCCAACUUGAUCGUACACAGGAGGACCCACACGGGGGAGAGGCCAUACAAGUGCACGGAUUGCGGGAAGAGCUUCCGGGAGAGACCAGUCCUCAUCAGGCACCAGAGAAUCCACACGGGGGAGAAGCCAUAUAAGUGCAGAGAUUGUGGGAAAAGCUUCAGCCAAAGCUCGGGUCUUCUGGUGCACGAGCGGACCCACACGCGCGAGAAGCCGUACACGUGCACCGACUGUGGGAAGAGUUUUGGUGGGAAUUCAAACUUGAGGGUGCACAUGAGGAUCCACACAGGGGAGAAGCCGUACAGAUGCUCGGACUGCGGGAAAAUUUUCAGUGACAGAUCGCUACUCGUUCGGCAUCAGAUCACCCACCAAGAGGGGAAGUGCUAAGUGUGUGUGUGUAUAAAAAGUCACGUUAGUAAAACUAUGAAGUUUCUUGGUUUUCCACUGUUUAGGAACCCGACAUUUUGAUACACACAUACAGUCUCCUUGAGACCCACCUUGAUUACUGUGAAUAGUUGAAAAUGUUAAGCCUUUUUAAAAAAAGAACUAAAUCUCCCCCUCUAAACGGGGAAUGUGAACUGUAUGCCAACAUGGCUAGGAACACUUGGAAAGCUUCUAAAAUCCACAGUCGGGUGAUACCUUUAUUAGGACCAACCCAAAAGUCAGGAAAUAGUCAGCAAGCUCUCAAGGUCUGCAAAACUCUUCAUCAGGAUGGAUGUUAAGGAAAGCCCAUGGGGGAAGCUGGUUUAAUAAUGAUGCAGCUACAAAAUCUGCCUUUAAUCACUUAAGGAUGCAUACACACCAUACAUUUAAAGCACAUUUCCCCUCCCCCAAAUAAUCCUGGGAACUGUAGUUUACCAGCAUCCUUAACAAACUACAGGAUUCUUGGGGCGGGGGUGCUUUAAACGCAUGAUGUGUGCGCAGCCGGAGCAUGGGAGGAAAUAGCAAACUUAAUUGCAUUAGGUUCUACUAGGUACUCUGCAGGUUUCAGAUUAGGAACACAGGAAGUUUCCAUCAGAAGUGCGGAACCUCAGACCUGACUGGCCCUUGGAACUCUCCGUGACUGGCUCUGCUUCAGAGUCCAAGGGUUUUUGCUUGGCUGGAGUGUGCCCUUGAACCCGGAUAAUGCUUCUUGCUUGCUUGGAGAGAGGCUAGAGAGAGGGAUGUGUGAGCGUGUGUAAAAAUUAGCCUGCUGUACAUAGGUAAAAUUUGCAACUGUUGCUCCACCCACAUUUGCCACUGGCCCCGCCCACUACUGGCAGGUAACCCUUGGGAGACGGCCCAGAAGGAAUGCAGCCCUUGGGCUGGAAAUGGUUCCCCUUCCCUGGAUUGCCCGUGGCUCUCUAGGUACCCAGACAGGGGACUUUCCCAAUGAUGGCUGAUGCCCUGGUGGGGCGGGCGGCAGGGAGGCCAACGGGAGGUGAGGCUGGAACCAUUGACAGGCAUGAAGCCAGAGCUAAUUUAUUCUAGUUUUGUCCCUAUCCUCCUCCCUGCUACGUUCUGCAAGGGGCGACACUGGGACUAAGGAGGAAGAGGAUGCUGACAGGCAGGGCCACCCCCUGGGCUGGUUGCAAGUCAGAAGGUGGGCAGGUGAGGGUGAGCCCCACCAAACUGAGCUUGGUGGGGCGGUGCACCGUUAGCUCUAAUAGACCAACCUUCCUUGGCCCCACCCCCUACCUAGAGAUGCUGGAGGUUGCUCCUGGGACUUUUCACAUCUGAGCUGUGUUUGAUCCCCUACAAUGGCCAAUCCCUCUUUUUUAAAAAAUAAAUAAAUCCAGCAUUUGCUCAGCUGUGUCUCAAACCUUAAAGUAAAACACACCUGAUUCCCUGUUAGGCAGAACCUUCAAACAGUAAAGUCAAUCAUCAUCUAUAUUGGGGAUUCCCAAACUGGCAUCCGUGGAGUGAUCCUUGAGCUUCUUUCAGGUGGUCUGCGGUGCGUCUGCAUUAAAUAUUUGUAUUGGUUUUUAUUUGUAUUUUUAUUGAUGCUGUUGUUUCUUGCAUUGUAUUCUAUGGAAUUCAAAUUGUAGUACAAUUAAAGGCAAUAUAAGAAACAAAAGAAGCAAUAAAAAUUCAGUGAAAAAUCCUGCAGCAUCUAGCACAGCACGCUACAAAGGCUACAACGAGCAGAAAAAUCACUAAGUGGUUCACCAGGACCCUCAGCAGUUUUCAAGUGGUCCAUGGGGGAAAAGGUUUAGGAAUACCUGAUCUAUAUUAAAGACUGUGACUAAUGCAGCAGACUUCAUGGCUACAAUAUCAAGCCAGCUUCUUCUUCUUUUCCCUUCUACUCUCAGCUGUGCUUAAUAUCCAGCCUGAUGGAGAGUUCUGGAGAACUUAAAAACUUUCUGACCGUGAAGCGCAGGGGUUGCCAAGGUGACACCUGUGGGUGCAAUGGCGCCCUUGAGAUCUUCCCCUGCGGCCUAUGAUGAACCCACUCACUGGUUGUGGAGGUUAUGAAAAGUACAUAGAGCUGAAGUAGGAAGUUGGAAGAGUGACGCUCUUUCCUGCUUUCUCUUUCAGCUCUAUGUGCUUCUCAAGGCCCACAUUAAUUCUGUUGGGUCUGAGUUUUACCCAGAUCCUUUGGAAAAGUGGGGGUGGGGGGGAGGAAAAGUGACCAGAGGGGAUGUUGCUCAGAGCACUUGCUCAAAAAUCCGAAUGCGUCCAUGGGCUUUAAAAAGUUGAUGACCCCUGAUCUAGUAACAUGUUGGUUGGCCCUCAUAAAAACCUGUUGCCCAACAGCGGAUUGUGGCAUUUUUCUUUAUGGGCCAACAUGACUUCCUUUUGAUGUUACGUGUGAGCUGGAAAGAGCUGGUACACCCAUAGCUCAAGAUGCCCCAAUUUACUCAGCAUGCUUUCCAAAGCAACAUUUCUUUUGUUUUAAAUGUCUCCUGCUUGAGGUUCAGGGGGCGAAGCUUAUUUCAUCAAAGAGCAGUUGUAAAGAGCUCUCAACUCCCGUCAGCCCCCAGCCAGGGAUGGUCGGAUGAUGGGAGUUGUAGUCCAGCAAUAUCUGGAGGGCCCCAGCUUCCCCAGCCCUGUCAAAGAGAGUAGUCCUCAGUAACAAACGGUAGUGGUGGUUGAGCUUGGACAGUCCCAUUGCCCUUUCACACCCUUGAAUUGGCAAGUACAGAAUCCUAGUAGCCACUUAGUAGCAAGUUAGGGAUAAAGGCUGAAGUUACAAGUAUUUUUUAAACUUGUAGAAUGUAAAUCUGUAGCAUGUAUGUGUUCCUUGCCGCUAUUGAGGGGAGGGAGGCAGGUUUGAAGGGCAGAUAGUGCUAAAUGCUAUGUACAGUAGGGCCCUGCUUAUACGGCGGGUUAGGGACCAGGCCCCCGCCAUAAAGUGGAAAUCGCUGUAAAGUGGAACCCAUUGACUUUAAUCGGUCUCGUCGCGUGAAAAUGACGCGAAAAUGUCGCAAAAUGCCGUAAAAUCGAAAAAUUGGCUUUAAAAGGGGGGAUUGCCCCUGAUUGAAAGCCGCUGCAUCAGCGGGAUGCCGGAAAGCGGGGCCCUACUGUACUAAAGGAAUACAAAUUUGUAUAUAUGCAGAGAGUUACAAGGUAGGGAUUAACUUUCUCUCUCCCCCCCAUCUAAUAUUUCACCAGUUCUUCCAGGAGUGGCUUCAUGCUUUGGGAUUAGCCUUCCAGGUAAGGAUAGGUAUUUGUACGGAAAGACGUGUCACUAACAUACUUAAUGGAAUUUUUUCUCUAGGUGACUUAGGGUUCUAUUAUGGUCGUGUUUUUUUAAAACGAACAUCCAAGAAUUUUAGAAAAAAAUGUCUUUAUGCAUCUGUAAGAAACACUGAAUGG